GAGCCGCCGGCCGACUUCAUCUGCCCGAUCACGACCGAGCUCAUGAGUGACCCGGUGAUGGCGGCGGACGGGCAUUCGUACGAGCGGUCGGCGAUCGAGCGCUGGCUCGCGACCAGGUCGACGAGCCCGAUGACGGGCGAGGCGCUCGUGCACAGUUUCCUCGCCCCCAACCACAUGGUGCGCCGGCAGAUCCGGGAGUGGGAAGAGGCGAACGCAUGCUGUUGCUGA